GCUUCCAUAGGGAACACAACACCUGGGAACCAGAAAAGAACCUGGAUUGCCCGGAGCUGAUCUCGGAGUUUAUGAAGAAAUAUAAAAAGAUGAAGGAAGGAGAUGGGAACAAAGGGAGGGAGAAGGCAGAGAGCGGCAAAAGGAAAGGGCUGCCCAGCAGUGCGGAGGAUAUCAAGGCCAAGAAGAAGAGGGAGAGCAAUGAUAUCGCCCGGGGCUUUGAGCGAGGCCUGGAGCCAGAGAAGAUCAUCGGGGCCACUGACUCCUGUGGAGACCUCAUGUUCCUUAUGAAGUGGAAGGACACGGACGAGGCCGACCUGCGUUCUGGCUAAGAAGCCAACGUGAAAUGCCCCCAGAUCGUCAUUGCUUUCUAUGAGGAGAGACUGACAUGGCACGGGCGUACCCCGGGACACCGGACAAAGAGCGCCAGGCUGAUAAGAGCUAAG